UCCACUCGCCGGGGUUUGCGCCGGAGCUUCUGAUUGGCUGAUUGUAUUAUUGUAUGCAAAUCUUGACGGGGUUGCAGCCAGUAGGUGAAAGGCUCGCGCUGGUGUGGCUCUCGAGACCCGGAGCGCGAGGUGAAGCCGCUUUCCGCGGAGCUGUCCACUCCACGGGUGCUGAAACGAGGAUUUCACGUCAACCGACUGUUGGAGGCUGUACAGCUUAACCAAAACGGGAUUGGAUUUACUUCGCGCCAGUUAACAGUGUUGUUCCAAAAGUAAUUCUCGUAUUUUAAAAACCACACUCGGAAAUACCUUUCUGGAUGAGUUGUAGUUGGACAAACAGGUGGGUAAUGAGAGGCUCCAAAAGAUGGUGGGCAGCUGUCCUGCUCUGGGGGGCAGCUCUGAUUGCAGAGGCACGUCCCAGCAAAGAAGGAUUUACCCCGAUGGCGUAUCGACCUCUCGUCAGAUUCCGUCACAAGCAGGAUGGGAUCUCAGAGAGCUUACGGAUCAAAGGGUUCUUUGGUCAGAAUGGUUUUCCUGGGCCCUGUGAACAUAAGUACUGUGGUUUGGGGAAGCACUGUGUGGUUGAUCGAGAAACAGGUGAAGGAGAAUGUCAGUGUCUGGAGCGCUGCAAACCACAUUACAAACCUGUGUGCGGAUCUGACGGCAAACUCUACCAGAACCACUGUGAGCUUCACAAAGCCUCCUGUAUGGCCCAUCAGAGAAUAACCAUCAUGCACAGCGAGGAAUGCUUCUACAAAGAUGAUAACUGUCGUCUGGGAGAUUAUAAAAAAUUGAAGACCAAGAUGUUGGACUUACACGCUCAGAGGUACUUGACCCCCGGUAACCAUGGCAGCCACGAGAACGAUAUGGCAACUAGGAAGCAUCUGGUGGACAUGAUGUUCAAGCGCUUUGACGCAGAUGGUAAUGGAAGAGUUGACAGCAGUGAGCUCUCACAGGUCAUCAAGCAGGAAGGUCUCAGCAGGACGGCAUCAGAGUGCACUCUGUUCGAUCUGUUCAAAUAUAACGACGUCAACGAUGACGAACACCUAACCAGAGAGGAGUUCUACGCUGCUUUUGAGGUCUAUCAGCUCAGCCUUCCUGAAGACCAGAAACUGAGCGUCACCACGGUAACAGUGGGUCAGAGUGUCGUGCUCACAUGUGCCAUCACAGGAGACCAGCUGCCGCCAAUCAUCUGGAGACGCAACAACCAUGCCCUCAACAUGCUGGAGCUGGAGGACAUUAACGAUUUCGGAGAUGAUGGAUCACUGUACAUUACCAAGGUGACCACUACACACAUGGGCAACUACACCUGCCAUGCAGACGGCUACGAGCAGCUUUUCCAAAUGCACACCCUGCAGGUUAAUGUGCCCCCUGUUAUCCGGGUGUAUCCAGAGAGCCAGGCACGCGAGCCGGGGGUUACAGCCAGUCUGCGGUGCUAUGCUGAGGGCAUCCCCAACCCACAACUCUCAUGGCUGAAGAACGGCAUGGACAUCACCACAAAACUCUCCAAGCAACUCACACUUCAGGCUAACGGGAGUGAGGUGCACAUCAGUAACGUCCAUUUCGAGGACACCGGUGCCUAUACCUGCAUUGCCCGUAACGAGGCAGGAGUGGACGAGGACAUCUCCUCUCUAUUCGUAGAGGACUCCGCUCGGAAAACGUUGGCUAACAUCCUGUGGAGAGAAGAAGGUCUGGGGAUUGGAAACAUGUUCUAUGUGUUUUAUGAGGACGGUAUUAAAGUCAUCCAGCCAGUGGCCUGUGAGAUUCAGAGACACAUCAAGCCCAGCGAGAAGCUUCUUGGCCUGCAGGAGGAGGUCUGUCCACAAGUGGAGGGAGAGAAGGAUCAGAAAUGUAUGUGGACAUCAGCCGUCAAUGUGAAGGACAAGUUCAUUUACGCCACACAGCCUUUGCUGAACAGGUUGCUCAUUGUAGACAUCCAAUCCCAGAAAGCUGUUCAGACUGUGAGCACCGACCGGGUUCCAGUGAAGCUGCACUAUGACAAGUCUCAUGACCAGGUGUGGAUCCUGAGCUGGGGAGAUCUCGAGAAAAACUUUCCAACCCUCCAGGUGAUCAGCCAAGCCAGCGGAAGCACGUCCCACCACACCAUCCACACCCAGCCGGUUGGCCAUCGCUUCGACAGUGUGGAGGAUUUCUUCAUUCCUCCCAUAAGCCUCACCAUCAAUCACAUCAGGUUUGGUAUCAUCCUCCACAAGAACGAACCAGCUCUUCAUAAGAUUGAUUUGGAAACCACCUCCUAUGUGAAAAACAUUAGUCUGCAGCAGUACGAUUGCAUCCCACAAUCCCUCGCCUACACACACCUGGGCGGAUACUACUUCGUCAACUGUCGGCCAGACUCAACAGGUGCGGUACGGCCACAAUUAAUCAUCGAUAGCGUAACAGACAAUGUCAUCAGUCCAAAUAGGGAUGUGAGUGGCACACCUUAUGUCUCUCCUGAUGGCCACUAUUUAGUGAGCGUGGACGACCGUGAUGGGCUCAUGCGCUUGCAGCAUGUGUCCAUGCGGGGUGAGAUCGGCCAGCCCUUUGACAUUCACACCAACCUCCACCUGUCCGAUCUGGCCUUUAUGCCCUCGUUCACCGAGGCUAACCAGUAUAACGUGUUUGGCAGCUCGGGCCACCAGACGGAUGCUCUUUUUGUGGAGCUCAGCACCGGUAACGUCAAAAUGAUCAAGAGCCUAAAGCAGCCCACGCCGGCUGCUCAGUGGCCUUGGAACCGCCAGAACAGGGUCAUGACUGGCAGUGGGCUGUUCGGACAGUAUCUCAUGACCCCGUCUCAAAGCUCCCUGUUUAUACUGGAUGGGCGGCUGGAUAAACUCAACUGUGAGAUCACUGACGUUCCCUUGGGAAAUACUGUGGUGUGGGUGGGAGAGGCGUAAGCCGUUUUAAAGGGGCUUGAGAGGGAAACAAACAAACAGGUUGCACUGAAUUUGGUCUCCGUUUAAUUUAUUGAGAAUAAAAUGAGUCUCAACGUUUGGAACAAAGAACAAAAUUGACUGUUCAAAAACCUGCACUUGGACAGUAACUUGGGAAAUGCUUGUUUUCGAUAAGCUAGCCAGGCUAAAUAGCUCAUAAGUAGUUUCUCUAAAAAAUAUUAGGUGGCGUCAAACUAGCAUUGGUAUCCUUUAAUAAGAAAGUCAGUAAGAAUCACUUUGUUUGAAGGUGAGAAUUGUUUAACUGAUUGAUUGAAUCGAUUCAACUGAUACGGACCCAGAAAAACAGUGAUUUUUGGCAUCUUUUAGGAAUGAUAUUUCCUCAUCUCCCUGUUAACACCUAAAACACACAUACAAAACGCAUUCGGACCAUUUUUUUCCAGUGCCUUGAAGGAAUACUCACUAAAAACAAAUAAACAUAAUUAUUCCCCCCGAGCCUGUGGAUUAAACCCUCCUCGGCUAUUCCACACGCAGAGUGAAAACGAGAGCCACACUUAAAUUUCACCUGUUUAUAACUCCCACAAACCCUGAGGCAUAUCUGGCUUAUUAAAACAGCGUCGUGCUGGGAAACUGUCACCUACUGUGGAUAUUGAGAUAUUGGUAAUGAUGUGUUUGACAACUGUAAAUCUUCAUGAAAUGUUCGGGUGUAAGAAUGAUGACACCAAGAAGUCUUUGUGUUGAACCCCCAAUUAAAACCUAUAUGAAAACCAACACUGGUUAGAUCAGUGAACAACUGAGAACGAGUCUGUUACACAAUAGAAAACAUAACAUACCUAGGGAUGGUUCUGAUCCUGUAUAAUCUUAGUAAGAGAGGUUGUAGAGUUUCAAGGGCACAUAAAGAAUCAAGUUUUAGUUGACUCAGCAGUCACAGCCACUGCUGUAAGAGUCCGCUUUCAGUGGUAACUGGUGCGUCGCGUGGUGUGAUGUUAGACAUAAUUUAUGCAUUGCAAGGGUUAUAUAGCUGGGGAAUAUUUAUUUAAGAGUUUGAGAGUCACAAUGCUACAAGAGCACGAAUAAAGGAAUAUUUUAGUGUCUGUAGGAAGCACAAGCAUGUGCUCACGAUGUUGAAAUAUUUACUCGAUGGACAGAGACUAUGCAUUUUCAUUGACACGCCAGCCAAUAGGCUGCAUGAAUUGAGCUUUUCCCCCCAAAUUACUUAUAUGUUAUCAUGUUUUAGAUUUUGUAUAUUUUGUUAAAAUGCAUACAAUAUGGCUUUUUAUCAACUGUAUUUUCCUUAUUCCCAGACUGUUUGGUUUUUUUAGUGACUUUUACUUGUGUUCUGUAAAUAGCAGGUUGGUCUACGCUCGCGUACAACAAAUUAGCUAGCCGAAACUCAUCUUCAAACAGUUCAGGUUGAUUCAUUUCCCCUCGUUUAUUUUUAAGAUAAGAGAGCUGCUCUGUCUUUGUUCCACAAAUGACCAAGUACAUUGUGAUGUCACAUCCAGAGAUUUCAUCAGCUCCAUGUAGCCAUGUACGUUGAUUAUCGUGGUUGUUAUUUAUGUAGAAACAUGCUUGACAUUUUGGCAGUUAAAUAAAGCCUAUAACUUUGA